CGCUGGAGCUGGACCGGGACAGGAGAGCGAGCGGACGGCUCUUCUGCGGGGAGUAAACGCGCAUCCAGAGCUUUAUUUCCCCCUUUCUACCUCCUGUGGGCCACUUUUCUUUCUCGGUGUUUCUUCUUGCGGACAUGAGGAGGUAAUCCACUCAGGAACAGAGACUCACGAAGUGAAAAAGUUGUCGGAGAGUUCGGGUAAGAAGAACUUUUACGCACAACGAGCUGGUAAUGUGUCUUUCUUUGUACGCAUAUCUCUAUGAGCAUAUCUACAGUUCCUGUCUCUCCCUCUUUUUUCUUAUUGAAUGACCUCUGUGCAAGUCUAAAAACUUACUCUAAACCACUGGAAUUAUGUUUUAUUUUUCUCUUAAACUAAACAUUUAAUGCGCAAUUGCUAAAAACUUAAAGUCUAACGAUGGCCUUCUUGGAGCAGGAGUUUUAGAAGGCUGAUAUCUGCAGAUUUUCACAUCACAUCUACCUGUGCAGAGAUGAAAUGCUGUGAAGGCUCACUCCCCUUACCGAACAGGGAGUGAGGAGAGGAAUGGGAACAUCUGUAGGAGCGAGUGCUCCGCAGCCCACAGCUGAGACUGCCCGCUGGAGGGAGCCACAGCCGCUGCAGACCUUGAGCCUCUGAAGGUGUUCGUUAGUCUGUGUGCAUUUGGGAUGACCUAAAGAGGACCUGGGGUGAUAGUUCUGUGAUUGCUGUGUCUCUUAUUAACUGAAUGUAAUGUAAGGCAGCAGGCAUAGCCCAUGUGAGAUGAAGCCUCUGCAGAUUUCAUUAGAAGGGGGUGAAAAGGGUAAAGUGCUGAUAGGAUGAUGUCUGAUCUGAUCAAAGUGAACGUAUCUCGCUUGGAGAAUGAAUUUGUGGUUUUCAGGGUUGUAGCAACGAUUUCUGGGCCCUAACCAUGGUCUUUGAGCAUCCUUAACAUGGCUAUUCUUUCUCCUGUACUUAUGGGCCCCUCUGAUAUGAGGGCGCUGAACACCCAGCACUCUUUUACCCACCUGUCCUGCCACCCUGAUGGUUGUGACUUUGAAGAGGGGACACUUUUCUGUUAAUCUCAUAACUGUUAGGGCAUAGAUCUUUUGACAUUGUACUUAUAGGGUUGCAGCCACGGAUGGGAGCAACUAAAGGCCCUGUGGUGGAUCUGAAGUCGUGUGGAAAGAGGAACAUGUAUUAGACCAGCUGUAGGCAUGGUUUGAUGUUACAGUCAGCUGCAUGAACGGAGAAGAUGGAUUUGAAUAAGAGCCCUGGUCCCAAUGUUGAUGGGCCUUUGAGGUCUCCUAAGAGCAUGUCAUCAGUUGUUUUUCAUUUAUUUGGUUGAGUGUUGAUUUGAUUUGGAUUAUUUGUACCUGAGAAAACAUCAGCAUACAUUUUAAAGCAGGAUCUGUAUGAUUUGCUCACUUAUUGUGAACAGGAACAUAUUCAUGUCAUUCUAAACGAGGGUCAAUGUGAGAGGGGCCCCCUGAUGGUUCACUCCUGUUACGACAGCCGCAGAGAAAAGGGGGAGCCUCUAGAGGGCAGCAGACUGACGCCUUUAAAAUCGAUGGCUCGUUAAAUUGAUAUGUAAAAACUAUAUUCAAUAUUUAUUUAUUUAAUGAAAAAAUGUGCCUUACAGUAGGCGGGACUAUAUGAUAGAAUAAUGUAAAGCAGCAACAACUACAAAGACCGACAAAUGGGACCAACAUGUCAAAAGAAAAGAAGACAAAAGAAAGAGGAAGCAGAAAAUAGACCCAAAAAAAAGAAAGGAAAAAAAAAAAGAAUGACAAUUAAUGGGGAAGAGAACGGGAGAUUGUAGAUGGUACGUGAUUAUUUGCAGACAGAAGUUAUCAGUAUUACUGUGUCCUGAGGGAAUAGCUGUAUAUGAUGUUUUCUUAAAUUAUUUUUAUCACACAAAUACAGUUUGCAGACUUUUUCUUUCUUAUAUGGCCAGUUUAUCUGAGAAAAGUAAUAUAUUUUCCAGAGUUUACAUUUCACAUAUACCUAAGUCAUGAGUUCUUUAUAAUGUGAGGUUACAGAGAUUUAGUUGAGCUACAUGAAUGUUUAUUGACUCCUGUCGUUCCCUGUGGGUAUGAGUCACUCUCUCAAAGUUUCUAGUUGGUGUUUCCAUCUUUAACACAAGACAGCGGAGCCAUGUUUAACUCAUGUCAUGCUUUCAAACUGGUUACAUAACUCUGUAGCAGCCAUUUUGUUCCCUCAGCGACAGGCAGUUUCUUCUCAUGAUUACUUUAAAUUGAAACCAGCUGCAGAAUCCAAAUGUGGAGAUUAGUUUUAUUUUGCAGAUAGACAUCUAAGACACAAAAUCAAACAAAUAUCUUUUUAUAAUAAAACUGCACAGUAGUCAGCUGCUAUUUUAUUAGUGGUUCAGCACAUGCUUUUUUUUAAUUUAAAUUGGAAACAAGUCUUUUUAUUUUUUUGCCUUCCUUCUUUUUUUGAAUAUCUCUUACAUUGUCCCCCAGUUUCUAUUUCUCUUAGUUCACUGUGAUUUUUAAAAACAUAAUAAUUUAUCGUUUGUUUGUCUUGUUCUUCUCUGUUUCAGAUCGUCAAGGAGGAACAUGCUGGGGUUAAAGGUCGCCGCGCUCUGUCUCCUCUUUGGAGCUCUGGCUCAUGGUCAGACAGCAGAGUGCAGGAGUGAGUGCUCAGAGACUGAAUCUUCGUUGCUUCAAAGCCACAAUCACAUUUCCUGCUAAUAAAAGCGUGAAAUAGUUCAAGUUUCUCAUUCAAAUGCAUUAAUUAAGAAACACCUUUUUAAUUUUACAUGGGGUUGUUUUUGUGUCCCUCCAGAGAAAAAUGAAUGUCCCAUAGACAUAUACUUCACUGUUGACACAUCCGAGACCAUCGCCCUGCUGGAGCCUCCACCUGGAUCUCUGGUGGACAGCAUCAGGGUUCGCCUUUUUGCCGCACCAUUACUACUUUAACAUGUAAACACAGCCCUACCUAUCAGUUGACUAUACAAACCAUGUUUUUUGUUUUUGUUGUAGGAGUUUGUGAAGCGCUUUGUGCAGCGUUUGCAGGAUGUGGAAUACAGAGGAGCCGUGAAGAUCAGCUGGAACACCGGAGGACUUCACUUCUCACAGACACAGAAGGAAAUCAUGAGCAUCGGAUCAAGGACCGAUUUUAUAUCUGUGAGCAACACACACACACACACGCACACACACACACACACACACACACACACACACACACACACACACACACACACACACACACACAUACCCACGCACGCGCGCACGCACACAAGUUUAAUAUUAGGGGCUCUCAAAGUCUUUGGAUGUCAUUGAAAGUUAUCCUGUCACAGCUGUAAAUUGUACAGUAGAAUGCCCAAAAAUCCCAGGGUUUGGUUAUCAGGCGCUCUGUGGAUGGAGGAUUUCUUAUAAAGACCAGAAGGGUUAACAUUUAAAGAGUUUUGAGCCUAGAAAAACACUGCUGCAUUCAUUACAACGCAUACUUUAAAUUUGUUUUUCUAUCUCACUUAUUUACAUUAAGGACAACUGCAGUCAAUUCACUGUGCUCUGAGACACUUCAAAUGUAAUGCUGAUGAAAAACUGUUAAAGCUUUAUAGAUAAUAUCUUCUGCUUGUAGCUAAUGGCCUCUGGCUUACUAGCCAACUUUCCUAUUGCAAGGAUCUACUAGUCCUGUGUUCCUACCACAAUAAAAGCAGGAAAAUGCCCUAAAGUCACCUUUGUAACAUUGAUUCAGGAUGAAGGUUAUUGUGGCUUAUGUAAAAGUAAGCCAGCAGGAUCCAGCACAAAGUGUACUUAGUAGCAUUCAACAACUUUGCUGCUGUUGUCUGUAGGGCUGCACCAAUCACAAUUUUCUGGCCAAUCACCAAUCACUGAUCUCUAAAAAAGCUUGACCUGCCGAUACCGAUUUUGGCCACUACCGUUUUUUUUUACAACUGACAACAUACACCUCCGAUGCUCCAAUCUACUUUAAUGAAAAACAUUGACCAAUACUUGUGAAACAAUACAAACUUUUUGUGUUUGUUUUAACUGCACAUGAGUUAGUUCUCUCAAAUAUAAAUGAAAAGUUUAGAAUAUUACUGUCCAAACUACUUUAAGAUAUCAGUGCCUUUAGCCUUUUAUUUUCCACGUUUUAAAAAUUAACAAUACUUGCGCAACAGGUCACACUGCAGGCCUGUUUUGAGCCUCUUACCAAAAUAAAGUGCAUAGCAGUAUUUUGCUUUUACAAAUCAAGGAAAUCACAAGGUUUGAGGAAGUUAGUAAAAUAACAAUUACAAGACAAACUAACAACACAACUUAAAGACAAAUAAACUGUCCUGAGUUUUAGGAUUCCUUGUAGCGGUUCAGCAUGCUUGGUUGAUCAUGCUCCCGAUGACUGUUGUGUGUGCCACUGGCGCUGACGCACGCAAGCGUGCACACGUGACCUGGUGGACAGCCCUGUCAUUCUGGCAAAGCAAAAAGCUACAACAGCUGACUUUCAGACCUUUGCUGAGGUAGAUAAGGUCAGUGGAUAAAAUCGGUUUCACAUGUAAGGAUCAGCUGAUCACCGAUCCCCCAAAAUUGAGGAAAUCGGCACUGAUUGAUCAGCUGGCCGAUUUAUCGGUGCAUGUUUAGUUGUCUGGUUUGCAGGAUGGGAUUGUGCUCCACUUUUUAACAACUAGAGAUGGUUGGAGAGCCUGGGUAGAUCCUCUGACCGAUCUCACACCUGUGCACACCUGCUGUCAUUAUUUCCUGAAGAACAAGCUACAUUGUGCCACAAAACCACAAAUAUUUUUGCCAUAGUGUCAACAGGCAGACUGGAAUUUCAUGGCUCAUUUACACUGGGGGGUCCUCUCUGAAAUCUUAUUGGCCAUUAAAGUGACCACUCUGAAAGAAGUGAAUGGAAGAAGUCUAAGAAGUGAAUAUAAAUGUGAUGUGUGGAGGUGACACCCCAAGAUUUUGGGUUAGGUCAGUGCCCAAGGCCAGUUAAGUCUAGCCCUAACCACUGAUGGACUGUGUUUUUUAAAUGGAGGCCACAACUGUUCAAGGACUUUCAGGCUAAAAAAUCAGAGCUCCCCCUAUAGACUGGCUGCUGUAUAGGUCAUUUCCCUGCCUCCUACAUUAUGGCAUAUCAAACAUGGAUCAAAUUAUGAAAUCAGAAUAAAUAUCAAACAUGGUUUCUGUCAGUUUUGUUGGUUCUUGUGUUGAUUAAUGUCCAAGUAUUCAUUUUCUGAAAAGUUAAGUUUUUUUUUUUUUUUACACAGCCAGAAAAUAGUUCCGCCCCAAAAAUUGAAAACUAUUGAAGCACUGCAUUUAGUUGAGUUUAAGUUUAAAUAUAAGUCAGAUCCAAAUGUUUUGUUACCAUCUAGUUUUGCCAUUUAGCAAUUUUUGCUUGUAUCAGAAGUUUCUGGUAAACUAAGCAGAGAUAAAUUAAGAUACGACAAGAUGGUUAAGAUAAGCUCAGUGAAGGUAAGUGCUCAAGGUACAAGGUUCUCGCAUACAAGGUUGGGAACAACAAAUGAGAAAAAUAAGUAUGACAUCACGAAAUCCUGUUUACUUGAAUUGAAAUGUUCAUAUAACCAGUUACUAAUAACCACAAAGUGAGCCUUAUACACUGUAUACUUAGCCUGUUUUGAUCCCUAAGUGGUUUCCACCUCAUGACCCCACCUUGUUUGUUUCCAGGCUCUGGAUAGGCUCCUGAAUAAGGACACUUACCUGGGUAAGGGCACCUACAUCGACUGUGCCCUCACCAACAUGACCACAAUGAUGCUACGCUCACCCACAGCCCCCAAAGCCCUACGGUUUGCCGUAGUCAUCACUGACGGCCAUGUGACUGGAAACCCAUGUGGAGGCAUCAAAGUGGCAGCAGAGAGGGCUCGAGAUGAGGGCAUCAGGUUGUUUUCUGUAGCGGCAACGAGGAACCUGGAAGAGACAGGGAUGAGGGAGAUUGCCAACUCUCCUGCAGCGGUCUACAGGGACGAGUUCAUGGCUGUGGAUCUGAGCCAGGGAAGAGCCAGCAUUCAUGAAAGAACCAUCAACCGCAUCAUUAAGACCAUGGUAACCUUAUUUUACAAGCACAAAAAUCAAUAUUUGCAAUUACACACAUCAGAAAUGAUGAGAUCCACUGUACAGAGGGAUGAAAUGUAAAAUGACUGUGACAACACACUCACUGAGAAACUUUGUUUCUUUUGUCUCCAUAGCAACACCUGGCCUUUGAAGAGGUAAGACAACUUAAAAACCAGUGAGCAGAAAUAUCAUAAACUUUUAUUUUAAAGACUGGAACAUGAAUGAUGGUUUGUCUUCUUUUCCUUUGUGUUACAGUGCUACAGUGUGUCCUGUCUGGAGACACCAGGGCCCCACGGUCCAAAAGGCCACAGAGGACAAAAAGUGAGGCUCACAAACAUGCUGCACACAGUCGUGGAGUCUUUAUAAUACUUACAUUUAGCCUCACAUAUAACUCACUUUAACUGGCUGUCUGCAGGGAGCUAAAGGAGACAACGGGGAACCAGGUCUGAAAGGAGAGAGAGGUCGUCCAGGAGACCCCGGAAUUGAGGGUCCCAUCGGUCAGCCUGGUAUUAAAGUAAGACUCUAAACUUGAACCUCCCAUUGAACACUGUUCAACAUGGAAAAUAGGGAUCUUAAAUACGUCAGCAUAUGUAUGCUUAUUUUCUUUCCUUUUUUCUUGUCUAUUAUAGGGAGAAUCAGGUUUUAAAGGCGACAAGGUGAGACUUCAUUUGCUUCUUGUGGAUCAAAUUUUUGACUGAAAACUCCUGAAGCUCCUGUGAGGAGUUUUUAACAAGUGAUGAACAAAUGAGAGUUCAUAUCAAAUUUUAAUAUCAGGUUCUGUCUUCUCCAUUAUCAUGAUUAACCAAAAGUUCCUUAGAAGAGUUUUAAUUGUGCACAAAAUGGUAAUUGAUUUUCUGUCUGUCCACAGGGAGAGAUGGGAGCUCAGGGGAAAAAGGUAUGUUUUUAAGUUAUUUAUUUUCAGUUUCUUCACAACCAGAUAGUAAAUUAUCAUUUCUUUGAGAAGUGUUUGGUCUUUCUCCUCUAACUGUAUCCUGUUUUUGUUAUUAGGGUGUAGCAGGCAUCCCAGGACGCAACGGGACAGAUGGACAAAAGGUGAGCACAGCAUUGAGUUUAGGAGCAACAUUUUUGUUUUCUAAUUUUAAUACCAAAAUUAAUUUUCAAUUUGAUGCCUGCACAUGUUUCAGGAAAAAUAUUGGGGCUUAAAAAGUUGUUAUCAAAUAGUUAUGUUAGUAACAUGAAUGGGAAUAAAUAAGAGUGCUCUGGAGACACUGAGUCUCUCAGAGGAAAAGAUGGGAGGUGGUUAAGCACUCUGAGAGAGACUGCAUGAGCGUAUAGUUCAACAACUCCAGAAAAAUGUUCUUUAGCUUAAAAGUUCAAAAUAUUCAAGGACUAGGCCAAAAAACAGUACUGGACAGCCAUGACCCCCAGGCCCAAAGGUGGCACUGUAUUAAAAAACGGACAUAACUCUGUAAUGGAAGUCACCACAUGGUCUUAAAAUGACUUCCAAAAAACCACUAACUGUGAAUGAAGUUUGUCACUGCAUCUUAAAAUACAGGUUAAACUGUACCAUGCAACAAAUAAACAUAAUCCACAAACUUUGUCGACUUCUAUGGGCCAGGGCAUAUAUAAACUGGACUGAGGCAAAGUGGAAAACUGUCCUGUGGUCUUAGGAGAUCAUGACCGCAGAAUCUUCCACUUUGAAGAGGAGAGGGCCACCUGACUUGUUUUAGUGCAACUUGAAAGCCAGCAUCCGUGGUGGUAUGUGGACUGUAUAAGUGCCUAAGGCAUGGCUAGUUUAAACAUCUGGGGAGGGCAGUGGCGGCUGCUGGUCUUUCAAGGAGGGGAAGCUCAUUUUUCUGGCCUACACCUUAAUUGUAUUUGUUUAUUUGUAUGUAACAGAACAGAGUCGCCAAACACAACGGCAGUCGUUUUUAACAAAGACAAAAGUCGCUGAGGAUCGGUAAAGUCUCCGGAGCAGUUAAGAACAACGGAAUGAAUAACUUGGAAAAUGCUCUGGUAGAAGUUUUAUUCUUCAAGAUCGCUUAUUCGCUUGUUUAGCUGUCAAUCAAAAAAGGAUUUCGCCUCAGACAGCUCAUCCAAUCAUGGAUGCAGAAGCUCGGAGUCCGGGAGAAAGUCGGGACCGCCCUCUCGCCAUAGAACUCCAGAGACGCCAGGCGUCCGAUGGGCGGGACAAAGCCCAGCAUUUAUCCAAUGAGUGUCUAGUUUCGCUGCUGGAAAAACCCACUUUGAGCUUCCACAUUGAAGUCAGCAGAAGCCCAGCGUCCGGCUGAUUAAAGAGCUGAGGCGCUGCGAGGAUGAAUGAGAAGGAAGUUAUGCCGGUUACCUGUGAUUAUCAGCUUCUUAUCACAGUGUCUGAACAAAAGAUGAAGGCUUUCUAGUGCGUAUUUAGUUAAUGAAAUGUACACACAGCAGUACGUAUUUCACCACUUUUUCUUUUUUUGGGGGGGUGACAUUUUAAGGGAAGCUGAGCUUCCCUUGCAGUCUUAGAGCAAUCGUCACUGGGGGAGGGUCCAUUACCCCUGAUACCCCCUAUUUACAGCUCAUUUUCAGGGAAUAUCUAGCAUAAAUAUAGGAAGAAGAUGCCGAAUCACAUUUUGCGUAGAUUACACCACCAUGGCUCUGUACUGGAAGAGUUAAGAGGCUAGCCUAGACUGACCACAGUUCUGACUUUUCACCUAUUGAAAAAUACGACCAACAUUUUUAAGUUUCAACAUUUGAUUUGUCGUCAUUAAUUAAAGAAUUGAAUUUGGGCUUUAAAUGAAUUGCGAACACCAAAGUCUGUUUUUAUCAACACUUUCAUUAAUAUAGAUUUAACAUUUUUAUUUAGGUACAUUAUUAACAUUAACUUAAAAUUAAAAAGGUUGUAAAAUGAAAAAACAAAAUUAAAAACAUUUAUUUUGACACUCUGCUUUGACCAUUUUCUUCUCUUUUCAGGGUAAAAUUGGACGCAUCGGUGCUCCUGGCUGCAAAGGAGACCCAGGCGACAGAGUAUGAUCCUACUUAUGAUCAAAUACUGACAAAGUUCAUCAAUGUCAAAAGAAGCAAUAAUAAUUAUUGUGUGUUUUGAUACUUCGAAGGGUCCCGAUGGUCAUCCUGGAGAUGUAGGUGAGCAUGGUCCCCCUGGAACUGAAGGAGAAAAGGUGAAUAUAAUUCUCAAUUUGCCUCAAUCUGAAUCAGUCAUUCAGCCUGUCGUUAAAUUCUGUCUGACCAUCUUUGUGUGUGUCUUCAGGGUGAUCCUGGCCGUCCUGGAAGACCUGGUCCUUCUGGCCCUGCUGGAGGAGCUGGACCAAAGGUAAUCAAGAGUACAGAAAGUUAGAGAUCAUGUUAAAUGAUUUUAGAAAAUCUGGGGAAUUAACUCUUGUUCUUCCUCCACAGGGAGAGAGCGGAAGUCCUGGAUCACCUGGUGUUCCUGGACAGAAAGGAAACCCGGUACGACUCAUCUCCACAGACAGAAGCAGUUCAAAUAUGUUUUCAUUUGAAUGCAUCGAUUAGCUCACCUGAGUCUUCAUUUAUUUUUUUUACAGGGAACACCUGGAAGUCCAGGAGUUAGAGGGGAGCCGGUAAGAUUCAUACAUUGACUUUUGUUAAUCUCUGUCAUGGCUGGUUUUGUGUAGGUUUCCAACUGUUCUUGUUUUUUUAGGGAAGGAGAGGAGACUACGGGCCAAAGGGUGCUCAAGGGCCGGAGGGAAUAAAGGGAGAAAAGGUAAAAACCUGAGUCCAACAUCACAGAGGUGUAAAUCACUUUUAUGUUAUAUUGCUUUCUUGAUUUUUUACAGUGUUUUUGAGCUGGGGGUCUAAGAAGUUUUUUUAUGUUGCAGGGUGAAAAUGGACCAGAGGGCACAAGAGGACUUUCAGGUGAACAAGGAAACAAAGGAACAAAAGUAAGAGGACCUGUUUUAACUUGAUGAUGGUCAUAUAUACAUGAUCAGAUCUCAAACUUUCUAUCUCCCUUUGUUGCACCUGUUGUUAACUUUCUCUCUUCUGAACAGGGAGACAACGGCCUUCCCGGUCCGAGGGGACAACCAGGACCCCCAGGAGAACCAGGAAGAAAUGUGAGUUAAAUUCACAUCUUGGAUAUCACAUAAAGCUCAGAAAUAAAACAAAAUAUACAUCAUUAUUGUACUCAAGUAUUAGUGCACAUACUUUUAUAAGGACUGUUAAUAUGGAGGUACUGAUUAGGGUUGUCCCAGUAUACCAGUGUUGGUUAAAACUGUCCCAGUGGAAAAUAAGAGAUUGAUAUUGUGCCAAAAAUAAGUAAACAAGAAGUUCAUAGCAGUGGUCAUUUACACUGAUUGGCACAUGUCAUAAAACGUAGAGAAGAAAAUACGAUCAAAUUUUAAGAUCUAAUUUGGCAGUGCUUUACUUAUUUGUUUUUGCAUUGCUGUUUCUUGACAGCAUGAAAAAAGAUGAUUCAAUCUCUCAACUCACACUAACAUCUUCUCUACCACAGGGCACAAGAGGUGACCCUGGUGAUGCAGGACCAAGAGGAGAGCCUGGACCUCCUGGACCAAAGGUACGUUUUCUGUGUAUCUGUGCAAGCAUGUCAGUGUCCUCAUUGUUUUGCUGGUUGCAUUUUCCUGUCUUGACUCUCUUCUUUUGAUUCUUCUCAGGGAGACACUGGUAGACCUGGCUUUAGCUAUCCUGGAGCAAGAGGACCAUCGGUAACUUACCCAUGCAUUCUAUCUCUUCACAGUCAUUAUCCAGAACGGCAGAAUACGCUCAUGAGUUUCUCGUUUGCUUCUUUUGUGUAGGGUGAAAGAGGAGAGAAGGGCAACCGUGGACCUCGUGGCAGCAGAGGAGACUGUGGUCAAAAGGGUGAGCCUGGAGUUAAAGGAACUCCAGGAGAGGCAGUAAGUAGCUGCUUGCGGUAAUUAUGCAAACACUUAAGUGAAAGGUGUCUUUUCAGUGCAGUUAGAGAUCUUUUCUGCUUCCUACAGGGUGAGCCAGGACCUCAAGGUGAACCUGGUACAAGAGGACCAAGAGGAGAGCUUGGGCGUGAUGUGAGUACUAUAAAUCAAGAAAACAGGCGUUUUCAGGGGCACUGACAAACUGAAAAUGAAGCAAAUCAGUUGCACAGCAAGGCAAACAAAGCCAAACAGAUGUUUGUUUAGCUAUUAGCAUUUUAUGUAAGUUUCUAAAAGGUGAAAGAAAUGAUGUGAUUUCAUGUGUUUUCUUUCUCGACAGGGAGAUCCUGGCCCUGAGGGAGACCCCGGCCUCACUGUAAGAACAUUUGAUAUCUGCCCUUAUUUUCACUGGCUCAUGAACAGAAACAACGGAAAGAUGUGAAAAAUGUUGUUUUUUGCCUUGCAGGAGUGUGACGUCAUGAACUACAUCAGGGAAACUUGUGGCUGCUGUGGUGAGUUAACUUAUGACUGUAUGGACUAAUCUGGUGAACCGCCCGACAUUAACAAAUCGCCAUUGCUGAGGUGUGGUAUGUCCCAACAACAUCCAGGUCUCUGAAUUCAAGUUAUUGUCAGAAGUUAUUGUCAACUUUUACCUUUGCUUUCCAUGGAACUUUACUUUACUUUAUCAAUCAUGUGGAAGAACCUGUGGGGCUUUCAGCUGCUCCAUCAGCUGUGACAAACUUUAACUUAAUUAACUUUGCACAAAACACAAGAACUUCAUGAAGACUCCCUCAGAGGGACUUUACAUAGAUUCACUGGCUGCACAGAGGACUGAGAUAUUCUUCAAUAGAGGGUCAAGGAAACUAUGGCUAAACAUCUAAUUUGAUGAUGAAAACCAAGAUAGGCUGAUAAAAGUGUCUUCACUGGCAGCAGUCUAAUGUCUUUCAUUCAGCUAUCAAUAGUACUAUACGCUGAGUUUCCAGCACAGUAACGCCUAAUAUGUAAGAUGAUGCCACAUGGGAAAUCACCCUGUUUGUCUUGAAUAAGUGGGCACAGCUGAGGUGAAAUCACCUGUUCUUUGUAGUCUGCUGUUACAAAGCCUGGAGUCAGAAGUGAUAGUCGGGUCUAGCAGGAAAUAAACAAAGGGUUAGCAAAGGCUCAGAUCUUGUUGGUCUAUAAGUGUAAUAAAUCACAUAGAAAGUCAUAUUAUUUGAUAGAUACUUGCAUGAUACAUCCUUCAAAGGCAAUCGGACUGCAAAGGUUUAGUUGAGUGACUGGAAUAAGCUGAGGUGAUACCCAGCACUUAGCUUACUUAGCUAGAAGCUCCCUCCUCUCUCACAGUGCAACUAUGGAUCUUAUCAUUCAGAAUUUUAAUCCCCGAUAAAGCUGAAAGGUCUUUAAAAAAUGCAGCUUAACUCUACUGCCUCAUUUUGACAAUUUGUGUGAUUUUUUUUUUUUCCUGCAGAUUGUGAGAAGCGCUGUGGAGCCUUGGACAUUGUGUUUGUGAUUGACAGCUCAGAGUCUGUGGGUCUGACCAACUUCACCCUGGAGAAGAACUUUGUCAUCAACACCAUCAACAGACUGGGAUCCCUCGCCAAAGACUCACAGUCAGAAACAGGUCGACACACUCAUGCAUGUGUUCUCUUUUCUGUUUAAUGACUUCAGCACUGACAAAAGCUCGGUUUUGACAACAUUUAUCCUGUUGACAGGCACAAGAGUUGGAGUUGUUCAGUACAGUCACAGCGGGACCUUCCAGGCCAUCCGCCUCGAUGACCCAAAGAUUGAUUCACUGUCUGCUUUCAAGGUCUGACACAGAAACAGACACAGAUAUAUGCAGAAAAAAUGGGCUGUAGCACAGAUUUUCUUUUGUCUCUCUAGUCCAGAUAUUUCUGAUUAGUCAAAGCUCGUGUGCUCCUAGAUCACAUGUACAGCUUCAUAGAAAGAUGGGAACUAUCCCACAUCUUUUCAUUAUAUAUAAUACCUGUCUCUUAUUAUAUUCCUUAAAUUCACUGAUUAAUCUUGAAUGAAUAUGAAAGCAGCUUUCCAAAACAUACUGUACUAAAUCAGCAAAAUGUAGUGUGCAGGAUGCCUUUAACAUUGUCCUGAUAGUGGGGCGCAGCAUGAAGAUUCAAGGCUGUGUCCCAUCCUGAACUGGACAGAGCCGGUCUGGAAAUUACACAACCUUCUGUGUACCUCAUGCAAAUAAACUUUUCUGUAGUUUAGUGUUGAUAUCCAAUAUUCUGCUAUCAUAUAGUAUAAAUUAAAGUACAUAUCAGCACAAUAAGUCUCCUCUUAAUUCAGUUUAAAAAACUAACUUUAGGCUACUUUUACUUCAAAACAGUUCACAGCCAUGCCUGCAAUGUUGUCAAAAGCAAACCAAAUCCCCAAACGUCCUGCAGUGUCACCUCACUUCUGUUGACCCCCUCUGUAAAGAUGGAAGAAGCUCUUACCUCCAUGUUUACACUCAGUGCUGAUGUUAUAUCACAUCUUACUCCUGUGCACUUCUCUCACAUGCUUUCACCCUCUGCGCAGGAUGCAGUGAAGCGUUUGGAGUGGAUCGCUGGAGGAACAUGGACUCCAUCUGCUCUGAAGUACGCCUACGACAACCUGAUCAGAGACAGCCGCAGAGCCAAAGCCAACGUCACCGUGGUCGUCAUCACUGAUGGACGUUACGAUCCCAGAGAUGAUGACUCACUGCUCACUUACCUCUGCAGGUGCCUUACACUGGGGAUCCACCAUGAGAUGUUAAAUCACCCCUUGUGCUGAAGAAAACACUUAUUGCUUGUUUCUUUGUGUAAAUGUGCACUGAGCAGUGAUCCCAGUGUUGAUGUGAGUGCCAUUGGUAUUGGAGACAUGUUCGACCAGAUUGAAGAGAACGAAAUUCUGAAGAGCAUCUCCUGUCAGAGAGACAGCAGAGUGCUGGGCAUGAGGCGCUUUUCAGACCUGGUGGCUGAGGAGUUCAUUGACAAGAUUGAGACUGUGCUCUGCCCAGGUACAACAGUCACACACAUUACAGACCAGAUACCCACAUAGUCAAUUUAAUGAGCCUAUUUUUUUCCCAGACCUUUUUCUUACAGUCUCUCUUUAUUUUUCAUUUAGAUCCUGUCAUCGUUUGCCCUGACCUCCCCUGUAAAUCAGGUAAAAAUGUUAAAAACCUUCAUGAUUUGAUGUUCUCUUGACUUUAGGUUGUUUCAACUAUAAUGUUGAAUAACCAGCACCAAUGCAUCAAUACGCUCCAAAUGAAUCUCUCAUCAGAUCAUUUACAUCAGGUGUGUGAAAAAAUGUCACAUAUCAGGGGCUUGUGCCCAGCUUUUGCAUCUUUUUUGAAUGAAAUGUCCCAUUUAGUCAUCCUUAUAUAACUGCAUAAAUCACUUGACAUUUUGAAUACAAGGAGCAUCAAUGCAAGCAGUGCCUAUUAGAUCAGUAAAUGUGCACACUGAACUCCACUUUUAUGAUUCAAAUAUCCUGUAUAUUUUAUAAUGACAGGUUUUUCGGGGAAGUGAUUAUUCUGACCUUUAUCCUCAGAGGUACAGCGUGAAAUGGGAAUAAUUCAUGAUAUUGAACAGUCAUAUUAUAGAUUGAAACACUCCCUUUGUGUCAGUGAAGCAUCAGGUGGACAAGAAGUCGCUGUGAUCCAUGAUAAGCAUAAUCCUUGAUUCAUCAGGUUUUGUACCCCUUAUCAGCCCAAAUUUUUCUUCUUUUCCAACCACUGCAUUUCACACGACCACUCAGUAAGUUCAAAAAUUUGUGACUCCAACUACAUGAAACAUGGCAGUACAAGAUGGUGGUUUCUGUGGGAGCCGCUCUUAUGUAGAUAUGAUGUUCCAUUUCUACAAAGUCUGUUCAGCUAAACGCAGCUAAAUACUACACACUGCAUCUUUAUUACUUGUUAUUUGCUUGUUUGAGUCAUACUGAGGCCUAACAGUAUGUUUAUAAUAUAGUGUCCCAACAGCAGGCCAGUGUUUGACAACAAUUUGUGCCCGCUCUGCCUUUCUCCUGCAGAAUGUAAAUAAGCAGCAGCACUGUAAUCUAUAAGCUGAAAAUCAUUCAGAAGCCAAAACACUCACUCAAGUAAAAUACAAGUUUUUUUUUACGUGAAGUAAAGCCAAAGCGGGCAUACUGUUGAAGGCAUUAGACAGGAAACACAAAAAAAAUUCUUACAUUAAAAUGCUUCAUGUUGAUUUACAAGCCACACCUCAUUAAAGAUUUUUAAGCUGCUGUGACAAGUUUUUGAUAGUUUAUGAAAGAGACUGAAAUGAACAGUGACGUGCUCCUAUGAUGUUCAAAAGCAGAUGAGACCAUAAACGAUAAGAUUGAACAUUUUUGUAUGGUAAUUUUCAAAGGCUGUGAUUGUAGUAAGGGGACAGGUAUGCUGAAGAAAGCCUCAGCUACUUUUCCCACUGCUAGUAUUUACCGUGAGUGACACAUUUUGCUGUAUAAAGAGAGCAGGGGUAGAUAUUUUUAUCAAUUAACCCCAGUUUCACAAGAACCAGACAAAAUUAGGAUAGGGUGAUAUGGGGUAGCCGCUUUGUCCACUGGCGGUUCCAAAAUCAACCCUGACAGAAAGUUUCUUACCCCCAAUUUCCACCGCAUACGGAACGGCUACGAAAAGGCCGUAUCCGCCGAUUGUAGCUGAUCGUCACCAUUCAAGGUAAUGUGUCAAUUUCAACCAGGUUCUUUCCGUUCCGCUGCGGAUCGCCAGACCCAGCAGCUAAUCGCAAGAGUUCUAUUUUUUCCAGACACUAUAAAUAAAUUCAGCACAGAUUAACCCAUGCUGAAAAGGUCUUUAGACAGCAUUUCAUCCCGAUGACACCAUGGAUGAGAAGCUGCUGAUUUUAAAAGUCUUGAAGUGGAUUUUCUCCUCUGGAAGGACAUAAUCUACUUCUUACAUGGUUAUGUGGCUAUAGAGACUACUCAUUAUCACGCGAUUGUACGUGAAUCCGCGGGUUCUUGUGAGUUCUUGCGAUUCCCGCUGUCAGUAAUCCGCCACCAGAUCGGUGGAGGAUCCGUUCCAGAUCGGAGCCGUUCUGGAUGCGGUGGAAAGUGUACAGGUUUAAAAAAAAUAAGCUGUCGGUCAGAUUUCUCUGCUUUAGAUUGUGAGAAGAUGCAAACAGUAAAACACGCACUGAAUAGGGUUUAUUUAGUGAGGUCAGUGUGAACACAUUGCUUAAGCAGUGGUCUGUUUCUCUCAUGUUGUAAUAUUCCACUUUUUCUACGAUACAAAAAUUUCAUGCGACUAUGAUGCCUUCACAUCCAACCAAAGUUGCAUUGUAGAGGUAAUAAUGAGCAUCACUCCACUUUGUUGGAUGUGUGAUGGGUCGUGUAAGCGGGACCCCGCCCACACUGUUGUUCCGCCCAAUUCUUUUAGGAGGGGGUGUCACUCCUGGGCGAGCCCCUUCCCCCUGGAAGCCUUUGGCCGAGGAAGGCAACCCAUCAUUGGUCCCCACCUCUUUGGAGGGCGUGGCCAACCUGCUGAAUGGCCUGAGUGAGCAGCAGUAUGGGGUUGGAGUGGCGACCAUGGCGUACACAGCGGAGAGAGCCAAACUCGCCCAAGGAACAGACAGGCAGCAGUGGACCCAGCUGUUCAUCGACUCCUUCAAAUAUGUCUAUGGAGACAUUAUGGGAGACCCAGAGAAAGCCUUGAGACUCUGCUAAUGCUAUGCUAUCCAUGCUACCUCGCCAUAAUGGAUGCCCAAUACUAAUGAGCUUACUGCUGAACAUAAAUUAGAUUUUAUUAAGAUAGUGGGCAUUAUUUUAAUUCAAGAGGUGCAAUACUCACCUGGGCUGAUGCAAAAACAGUCGCAUGACAUGAAGCUGGUCCUAAGUUGAUAUGACAGGGCAGCUAUAUUUACAGUUGUGAAAGUGAAGGGUCAAGAUCAAGAUGUGGAUUAUAAUAAUACUCCCUCUCUCUUCAAUAUUUCUGAAUUAAUGUGUAAGGAGCUGCGUCUGAGACAAGAAGACCUGUGUAAUACGUGAUACAUAUCAUUUUUCCAUUUUUUAGAGUGGACUCUUUCCAUUGAAAUGGAAAGUAAAUGACUGAUUCUUCUGUAGAGCCAGCGUACAGUGGCUCUUUGAUGAAGCCUCAUUUCCACUGUGAACCAUUAGCUUUAUGAGUCAUUUUUUGCUGUUUUGCACAUGUUGUGGUUACGGCUUUAAUAUCUUUUUCUUGUGAAUUAGUCAUGUUGGUGAAAAGGCAUGUGGAAAUAUCUGGUGUUAUACAUGUCUCAGUAUACUGUAAAUGAGUCAGAGGGAGGAAGAUGAUGAUGUUUGGUUAACAGACUUGGCACUGACAAAGAAAAGACUAUUGUAUGUUAUGCCCUUGAUUGGUGCAUGAUUUUUUCUGCAUGUGGCUUGGCUUGUACGAAAUGAUGACUAGAGGAAAAUGAUGGCAGAUCAGCUUCAACCAACUGUUUGGUAUAUAAGCUCUGUGACUGCAACUCACUGAUGUGAUCUGUGUUGUUUUGUGUGAAAUAUAUUCAUGUUUUUGUAGUUUUGUGUCAUGAUAAUAAAAUUGUAGAGCAAACUAAAAAGAGCUGUCUUGAUGAGGCCACUACUUUCUUGACAAGGUUCAUGUGACUGUAGCUGGCAUGAAUGAAAGCACAACAUACUAUGGUAUAUUUUUCCUGGCUUUGUUCUCUGAACAUCUGUGUUUCAGCUGUAGCUGGCAGAACAUGAUGUUUAAAUCAAAACUUUAUAUGUUUCUGUUCCAGAGCCUGCUGUGGCGAGCUGUGUUCGUCGGCCCGUGGAUGUGGUGUUCAUGCUGGAUGGUUCUGAGAGGAUGGGACUGGAGAACCACCGCAGAGCUAAAGAGUUCAUCGAGAACGUGGCUAACCGCCUCACCUUGGCCAACAGUGAAACAGAUGAGAAGAAUGCCCGCUUCGCUCUGCUGCAGUAUGGCAGCCCAUCAGAACAGAGGGUGGAGUUUGCGCUCUCACACAAUCUCACAGUGAUAUCAGAUUCACUAGGAGCGGUCAACUACAUGGACUCCUCCUCAGCUCUCGGCAGUGCUAUCAUCUACGCUGUCAACAAUCUGGUGAUUCCACAGGUACAAAAACACACACACAAACAUAUGUUGGUUUGUAAGCAUGAAACAUUUAAAGAUAUAUUUGAGGAAAUAUUCUUUACCAAGUUAAAUGAGGAUUUGAUACAAUUGUCUUAUCCCAACAUCUUAUACUAGCCGUUUUAGUGUAGCAUAACCAAAAUAAAAUAUCAAUACAAUUUAUAGUGUAUUUUAUUGUUUUGUACUGCUCCCUGCCUCAAUGCUUAGCCUAGCAAAUUGACAAUGUUCACCAAGAAGCCAUUGUGUUCUGUCUUCCACAUGAUGGAAAAGCUGUGCUGCUAUGCCAGUUUUCAAAGCAUGUCUUUAUUAUUUUAUUACUUGAAUAAAUGAAAAUACAAAAGAGUGAAAAUUUAGAUAGAAAACAGGUUAUAUUAUAGUGAAAACAGCAGCCAUUAGCUUCAGCUAAACAAAAGUCAGCCACUUCUUCACAAAAAAAAAAAAAAAAAAAAAAAAAAAACAUUAGUAAGGAAAAGUAUGGUGGCCCUGAAGGGCAACUGUGAAAUAUCUGACGACUGCAAAGAAAACAUUUCAAAAAUCUGCAGAAAAAAAUGCCAACAGCUACAUAUUUUUUGAACGUACUGCAAAAAACACUGAAGUCACUGCAUAUUUUUUCAUUUGCUGAAAAAAAAAGUAAGUUACUGUAUAUCAUUUAACCGUUUGCCCAAAACAUUUCAGAAACAGGAAAGGGUAGGACUUACAGUACUUAUUUGUGACAGCAACAGUCUUGAGUAAUUUCUUUUUUUACCUUAGUUACAGUGGCUCCUUUUUUGUUAGUUAACUUUGUAUCAAGGAUCAAAGAGGCAUUUUUGUGAGUGUAUUUUAACCUACAGUGUAAUUAUUGAUUUGCUAUCAACCUACCUUGACAUAAAAAUGUCAAUCUGAACGUUGAGGUCAGGCUUAAAAGAGCUUGAACUAAAGAGGCAGGGUGGCUUUGCAUCAGCAAGUGACGUAAGGAGAGCCAUAAUAUCAGAACUGCGAGGACAGAUUUUGAAAUGUUUUCUUUGCAGUCAUCAAAUAUUUUACUGUUACCCUUUAGGGAUCACCAUAGAAAAGGCUGAAAGCUAACAUUUGGAUGUGAUAGGUUCAUGCUAUACAGGGGGUUAUAAUGCUAGCUAAUGUUUGGGGUUAGCGAAGAAGUGGCUGGAAACUGAAAUUACUGUUUGAGAUAGUUCCUUAAUAUGAAAGAUGAGGUACUGCUGAGUAUAACCUCAUAUCAACACUUAAUGAACGUUGGGGAUGAUCUCUGGUAAAAAUAGCAAGAAAGCUAAUUUCUCCAACCCUGUAUGUUGUGUUUUGUAGCGAGGAGAACGUUUGGCUCGUCGAAACGCUGAGUUGGCCUUUGUGUUCAUCACUGAUGGCAUCACGUCCAGCGAGCAGCUGGAUGAGGGCGUGUCCGCCAUGAGGCGUGCCGAGGGUGUUCCCACCAUCAUCGCCAUUGGAAAAGACACAGAUGAAGAGGUGCUGCGAAAGGUGUCUCUAGGGGACAUGUCAGCCAUCUUUAGAGGAGAUGAUUUCUCCGUGCUGAACAAACCAUCAUUCUUUGAGCGAUUUGUCCGCUGGAUAUGCUAGAGAGGAACUGAAACGCACUACACCUUAGAGUUAGAGUCCACAGAAUAAAAGAAGGGCCAGCUCCUUCAUGGAAACAUUAACACACACUGAGGCGACCACAAACCUCUGUGAUCAUUAUCAUUUCUGGAUAUAAGGCACUGAGGUGCAUGGCUACAUGUCAAUGCUGAUAAAGGUUAGAAGUCAUGAAAACAAGCUCAAACAUUUUUUUACAUGCAAACACACAAGCUGGUGCACACAAACACACAGAGGUAUACUACGACUUGAUUGUUCUAUAUUUUCUAAAUCUACGGUCAGCACUUCCAACCAAAGACACUCACAAGUAUCCCAGAGGAAAGUUUUAUGAUUAUUGAAUGUGUAGGAAACAAAGUGUAGGCUUUAUUUUCUUUUCCAUGAUUUUAUGUUGCAAAAGUUUUUCUCUGUCUUCACAAACUCAGUAUUUACAUGAAAGGUGCUAACGUAAAAAUAAAGGACAAAGCCAUCUGAGUGGUUUUGAAUAUUAUUUUUUUUUACAUCGUGUUAUGCUGUAGUAACUGUAAUUUGUUCAGGGGAUAAGACCAUGUAGACAUCUUGUCCAGGAAAAAAUUGUUACAGACAAAUGUCUCACAGUCCCAUACUUGAACACAUUCAUGACAACACAAACAUGAGAUUAAACUCUAGUAAAUGACAGACAUAUUGACACACGACAUCAAAAAAGUCACAGCUGGAAACAUGAAGUCCUAAUAAAGCCUAAUGUGGUGACCCCUACACUGUCUUUUGUGUUUGCAAGAUAUGAAAGUAUAUGAUGUUUUAUCGUGUUUUUUGAUUCCUGUGAUAUUUGUCAUUAAACCACUUUAACUUUA